GUGACUCUAUAAGCAGGUAGGUUCUAGAGCCUUCUUUCUACCAGGCCAUUCCCAUUAUCAACUGCUGGUUCCUCGCCUACAUUUACCAGCCCCAGUUCCAGGCUGUCUUGGGUGGAAAUGAAACUGUGUGAGAACAUGGCCCACUUUGAUGCUGAAAUAUUUGCAGAGAGCCAGCCUAAAAAGGACACUCCACGGAAAGAGAAAGGUUCACGGGAAGAGAAGCAGAAGCCCCAGGCUGAGCGGAUGGAGGAGAAAAAGGUGGCCACUCCUGCUCCUUAAGCAGAGAUGAAGGAAUGUGAGCAGCCCAAGAACACCUUCGAGGUGGAUGAAUUUAAGCACAAGUACUCCAUCGAGGACACACUCUGAGGCAAUGACAUGUUUUAGAGAGCACUUUGAUAAAGACAGCUGGUCCCUGAGGUACUCUGAGUAUCGCUUCCCUGAAGAACUCACCAGACCUUCAUGAGUUGCAGUCUCAUCACUGGAAUGUUCCAGCGAUUGGACGAGCUGAAGAACCUGCCUUUGCUAGUGUCAUCCUCUUUAGAAUCAACAAUAGCAGCUCCAUUUCUUGAGUCUGGGUCUUCCAAGGCCAGGAGCUUGCCUUUCUGCUGAGUCCAGAUUGGCAGAUGGACUCCGAGUAAUAUAAAAGGCAGAAACUGGAUCCUGGAAGCAAAGAGGCCCAGACACUGGUUGGAGAGUACUUUUCCUGGGAAGGGGUCUUCAAGCAUUUGGGCAAAGCCUUCAGUCAGCACAAGAUCUCCAAGAGAACAUUUUUUUUUUUACCAUUGCCAAGCAGCCUGCACUUGCCCUUCACGAAGAUGGGAAUCAUUAAAGGAAACUGAACAUUGACAAUAAAAAGAUGUUUUCGUUCAACAGCUCAUCAGCUGUUCAGAACCCCAUUCUAUUGUUUCCCUGAGUGUAAUCCAGAUUUUGUUUUCACACUUCCAAAGCUUUCAUACAGAGAUUACCAGAAGAUUGCCAGUGCAGUAUACUGCAAAAAGUUUCAGCUGUGGGGUCAGUUGCACGGGUUUGAGUCUCAACUCAGACCUGUUAGUGAGGCAGCCUCAGUGAGAACUCUUGAACCAUGGAAAGCUGCCUUGCAGAAAGCUCAUCACUGAAGAUUUGUAAACAGGACCAGGAGGACAUUUAUCAGGGAUGCUGCAAGGGAGAUUCUCACAUAGGACAUCAAACUCCAAGCAGUCAUGCAACUGGAGCCUCUGACGAUGGCCCCUUCUGCCAGGAACCCUUACAUAGGCCUCUGAGGGAGAUCUGACUGCCAUUUCCCCCAAAACAGCGCCCCCUGUCAGCACCCUGUGCUUCCAGAGAAGCUGGUCUUACCAGAAGCUCCAGGCCGGACCUGAGUGAUGUGAGGGAAAUUCUACUGACUUUGCCAGUGAUUAGCUUAGAAUUACCUAAACUCAACACAGGCAGUGUAUUCUAUGCCGAAGACACAGCAGUGCAUAUGCCAUGCAUACAGAACUGAGUCACUGAGAAGUUGAAUCAAUGGUCUCAGGUCAUAGACAGCUGAUGCUGCCAGUAAGAAUGAAGAUCAGGAAAUAUGCCAUGAAUUUCAGGCAUUUAUGAAAAAUGGAAAACUGCUCUGUCCCCAGGAUAAGAAAUUUUUUCAAAGUCUUGAUGGAAUAAUGUUCAUCAAUAAAUGUGCCACGUGCAAAAUGAUACUGGAAAAAGAAGCAAAAUCACAGAAGAGGGCCAGGCAUUUAGCAAGAGCUGCCAAGGCUACUGCCCCAACAGAGCUGAAUUGUGAUGAUUUUAAAAAAGGAGAAAGAGAUGGGGAUUUUAUCUGUCCUGAUUUUUAUGAAGCUGUUUGUGGCACAGAUGGGAAAACAUAUGACAACAGAUGUGCACUGUGUGCUGAGAAUGCGAAAACCGGGUCCCAAAUUGGUGUAAAAAGUGAAGGGGAAUGUAAGAGCAGUAAUCCAGAGCAGGAUGUAUGCAGUGCUUUUCGGCCCUUUGUUAAAGAUGGAAGACUUGGAUGCACAAGGGAAAAUGAUCCUGUUCUUGGUCCUGAUGGGAAGACGCAUGGCAAUAAGUGUGCGAUGUGUGCUGAGCUGUUUUUAAAAGAAGCUGAAAAUGCCAAGCGAGAGGGUGAAACUAGAAUUCGACGAAAUGCUGAAAAGGAUUUUUGCAAGGAAUAUGAAAAACAAGUGAGAAAUGGAAGGCUUUUUUGUACACGGGAGAGUGAUCCAGUCCGUGGCCCUGAUGGCAGGAUGCAUGGCAACAAAUGUGCCCUGUGUGCUGAAAUUUUCAAGCGGCGUUUUUCAGAGGAAAACAGUAAAACAGAUCAAAAUUUGGGAAAAGCUGAAGAAAAAACUAAAGUUAAAAGAGAAAUUGUGAAACUCUGCAGUCAAUAUCAAAAUCAGGCAAAGAAUGGAAUACUUUUCUGUACCAGAGAAAAUGACCUUAUUCGUGGUCCAGAUGGGAAAAUGCAUGGCAACUUGUGUUCCAUGUGUCAAGCCUACUUCCAAGCAGAAAAUGAAGAAAAGAAAAAGCCUGAAGCACAAGCUAGAAACAAAAGAGAAUCUGGAAAAGCAACCUCAUAUGCAGAGCUUUGCAGUGAAUAUCGAAAGCUUGUGAGGAAUGGAAAACUUGCUUGCACCAGAGAGAACGAUCCUAUCCAGGGCCCAGAUGGGAAAGUGCACGGCAACACCUGCUCCAUGUGUGAGGUCUUCUUCCAAGCAGAAGAAGAAGAAAAGAAAAAGAAGGAAGGUGAAUCAAGAAACAAAAGACAAUCUAAGAGUACAGCUUCCUUUGAGGAGUUGUGUAGUGAAUACCGCAAAUCCAGGAAAAACGGACGGCUUUUUUGCACCAGAGAGAAUGACCCCAUCCAGGGCCCAGAUGGGAAAAUGCAUGGCAACACCUGCUCCAUGUGUGAGGCCUUCUUUCAACAAGAAGAAAGAGCAAGAGCAAAGGCUAAAAGAGAAGCUGCAAAGGAAAUCUGCAGUGAAUUUCGGGACCAAGUGAGGAAUGGAACACUUAUAUGCACCAGGGAGCAUAAUCCUGUCCGUGGCCCAGAUGGCAAAAUGCAUGGAAACAAGUGUGCCAUGUGUGCCAGUGUGUUCAAACUUGAAGAAGAAGAGAAGAAAAAUAAUAAAGAAGAAAAAGGGAAAGUUGAGGCUGAAAAAGUUAAGAGAGAAGCAGUUCAGGAGCUGUGCAGUGAAUAUCGUCAUUAUGUGAGGAAUGGACGACUCCCCUGUACCAGAGAGAAUGAUCCUAUUGAGGGUCUAGAUGGGAAAAUCCACGGCAACACCUGCUCCAUGUGUGAAGCCUUCUUCCAGCAAGAAGCAAAAGAAAAAGAAAGAGCUGAACCCAGAGCAAAAGUCAAAAGAGAAGCUGAAAAGGAGACAUGCGAUGAAUUUCGGAGUCUUUUGCAAAAUGGAAAACUUUUCUGCACAAGAGAAAAUGAUCCUGUGCGUGGCCCAGAUGGCAAGACCCAUGGCAACAAGUGUGCCAUGUGUAAGGCAGUCUUCCAGAAAGAAGAUGAGGAAAGAAAGAGGAAAGAAGAGGAAGAUCAGAGAAAUGCUGCAGGACAUGGUUCCAGUGGUGGUGGAGGAGGAAACACUCAGGACGAAUGUGCUGAGUAUCGGGAACAAAUGGAAAAUGGAAGGCUCAGCUGUACUCGGGAGAGUGAUCCUGUACGUGAUGCUGAUGGCAAAUCGUACAACAAUCAGUGUACCAUGUGUAAAGCAAAAUUGGAAAGAGAAGCAGAGAGAAAAAAUGAGUAUUCUCGCUCCAGAUCAAAUGGGACUGGAUCAGAAUCAGGGAAGGAUACAUGUGAUGAGUUUAGAAGCCAGAUGAAAAAUGGAAAACUUAUCUGCACUCGAGAAAGUGACCCUGUCCGGGGUCCAGAUGGCAAGACACAUGGCAAUAAGUGUACUAUGUGUAAGGAAAAACUGGAAAGGGAAGCAGCUGAAAAAAAAAAGAAAGAGGAUGAAGACAGGAGCAAUACAGGAGAAAGGAGCAAUACAGGAGAAAGGAGCAAUGACAAAGAGGAUCUGUGUCGUGAAUUUCGAAGCAUGCAGAGAAAUGGAAAGCUUAUCUGCACCAGAGAAAAUAACCCUGUUCGAGGCCCAUAUGGCAAGAUGCACAUCAAUAAAUGUGCUAUGUGUCAGAGCAUCUUUGAUCGAGAAGCUAAUGAAAGAAAAAAGAAAGAUGAAGAGAAAUCAAGUAGCAAGCCCUCAAAUAAUGCAAAGGAUGAGUGCAGUGAAUUUCGAAACUAUAUAAGGAACAAUGAACUCAUCUGCCCUAGAGAGAAUGACCCAGUGCAUGGUGCUGAUGGAAAGUUCUAUACAAACAAGUGCUACAUGUGCAGAGCUGUCUUUCUAACAGAAGCUUUGGAAAGGGCAAAGCUUCAAGAAAAGCCAUCCCAUGUUAGAGCUUCUCAAGAGGAAGACAGCCCAGACUCUUUCAGUUCUCUGGAUUCUGAGAUGUGCAAAGACUACCGAGUAUUGCCCAGGAUAGGUUAUCUUUGUCCAAAGGAUUUAAAGCCUGUCUGUGGUGACGAUGGCCAAACCUACAACAAUCCUUGCAUGCUCUGUCAUGAAAACCUGAUACGCCAAACAAAUACGCACAUCCGCAGUAUAGGGAAGUGUGAGGAGAGCAGCACCCCAGGAACCACCGCAGCCAGCAUGCCCCCGUCUGAUGAAUGACAGGAAGAUUGUUGAAAGCCAUGAGGGAAAAAAUAAACCCCAGUUCUGAAUCACCUACCUUCACCAUCUGUAUAUACAAAGAAUUCUUCGGAGCUUGUCUUAUUUGCUAUAGAAAACAAUACAGAGCUUUUGGGAAUGGACUCACUGAUUUUCAGUCUUUUCCAUCUCUUUCCUCCUAGACUCUGUGAUCUGAGGGUAUAAAGACAUCUCCACCAAGUCUGAGCCCUCAAAAUGUCCUGAUUACAAUGCUGUCUGUCCAACUGCCUGUUCAAUAAAAGUAAACUCAGCAGAA